CAGAGGCACACCGGGCUGGACUCCGGGCAGAGGCACACCGGGCUGGACUCCGGGCAGAGGCACCAGGCGAAGCAGCAGCAGCAGAGGGCCCCCGGGCGGAGCAGCAGGCACCGGGCCCCCGGGCGGAGCAGCAGCACCGGGCCCCCGGCGGGGCGAACGGGCCCCGGGCGGGCAGCAGGCACCGGGCCCCCCGGGCGGAGCGGCAGGCACCGGGCCCCCGGGCGGAGCGGCAGGCAUCGGGCCCCCGGGCGGGGCGACAGGCAUCGUGCCCCCAGGCGGGGCGACAAGGCAUCGUGCCCCCAGGCGGAGCGGCGGGCGCCGGACCCCCCAGGCGGAGCGACAGGUCUCGGGCCCUCAGGCGGGGCGGCGGGCGCCGGGACCCCCAGGCGGAGCGACAGGUCUCGGGCCCUCAGGCGGAUCCGGCGGACUGAGCGGCGGGUCGCCGGGACCCCCAGGCGGAGCGACAGUCUCCGGGCCCUCAGGGCGGAGCGGCGGGCGCCGGACCCC